CUUAAGUAUGGUCAGUUUAAAGAAGGAAUCCGUUAGUUUAACACCUUUUCUUGAAGCGAACAAGUUGAGCGUGGCUUUCAAAAAUAGAACCCGAAAAUGUGCGACUACCAGAGGGAAUACUCCUUUAUUUUUGAGGACAGCUCCUGCGAGGGCGACGUCUCGAUGGCCGUCCACGACAAUGGAUUCGAGUCCUUGUGGCAGCAGGUGGGCGAGGAGAUGCGAAGGGAGCGGGAGAUGAACGAGCUCGAGCAACUUUUCCAGCAAAAGUUGACCCUGAGUCCGCCGGCCUUCGCAGAUCCAUGGAGAUUCUGACCGAACCGCUUAAAGCCAGCUCAUUGUGAUAUUUGUAUAUAAUAGAAUUAGCAGAUCAUCAAUCAUUCGCCAUAAUAGUGGCCUUCGUUAGAGCAUUUUUGACAAGUGCUCGUAGAUUUUAUAUUAUAACUACCAGUCCGAAACGGUUAUUGUAUACUUUUGUUCAAGCUUAGUUUAUGAAGUCAUCUGUCCGUGUUUUCAAAUGUUUGCUUUCGUGAAAAUUCGCUUUGUUUUGUCACUUUACCAAGUAAUCAAUUUGUACCAAGCUCAUGAUUGUCCUAGAUCUUAAAUUGGCAAUGCCUUGCCUUCGAUAUGGUAAACCAAUUGUAUUGGCCCAAAGAACACACAAUGUAUACAAGAGCAAAGUGGGAAGCUCAAAAUUGUCAAAUCCUUACCCAAAACGAUUCAAAUAAAUUUACAAUGUACAUAUACAUAAAGUAAAA